CCCUCGCCGGGCGAGUCAAUUGUUGAUUGUUUUUGUUAUGUUGUUACAAAUUGUUUUAGGCAUUUAAAAAUUGAAAGAAUAAAGUGAAGAAUAGAAAAGAUGUUGAGUCAUUACAGCAAAGAGAUGCUCCUCAGACCAUGGUCCUGGAUGAACCUGAAGUCCUGCCGCCGCAAGUUUUCCGAGAGUUCCACAGAGCCGCCGCCGUACCAUUGGCACAAGCCCGUGGGCCAGCAUACGGGCAUAACAGUGUACAACAAUGGAAUGCGCCGGAAAGUUCCCCUUGUGCUGCAUAACCCGAACAUGGUCACCUGGUACACCUGCGGCCCAACAGUGUACGACUCGGCGCAUCUGGGCCAUGCCAGCACCUAUGUGAAGGUGGACAUCAUUCAGCGCAUCCUGCGGGACUAUUUCAAGAUCAAUCUCGUCACUGCCAUGAAUAUCACAGAUGUGGAUGACAAGAUCAUCCGGAAAGCCCGCGAGUCCGGCUGCGAUUGGCUGGGAAUGGCGCGUACAUAUGAGGCAGAGUUCAGACAGGAUAUGCUGCGACUCAACGUGCAGCCGCCGGACAUACGCACCCAUGUCACCAGCAACAUGCCGGCGAUUCUGCAGUUCAUCGAGGAGCUAAUCAAUGAAUCGCAGGCAUACGUGACGGAGGACAAUUCGGUGUACUUUGACGUGUCCAUGUACCCGCACUACGGCAAGCUGCAGCGGCUGGGCAUGAGCAGCGAGGAGAAGUCGGAUCUCCUUAAGCAGAACAGUGCGGACUUUGCCCUGUGGAAGGCCAAGAAGGAGGCGGACGAGCCCAGUUGGGCGGCUCCUUGGGGCGGGGAGGGUCGCCCCGGCUGGCACAUUGAGUGCAGUGCCAUUGCCGGUUUAUUUUUCGGCAGUCAACUGGAUUUCCAUGCUGGCGGCCUAGACCUGAGGUUCCCCCACCACGAGAAUGAGGAGGCGCAAUGCUGUGUCCGCUACCAGACCGACCAGUGGGUCAACUACUGGAUGCACACGGGCCAGCUGUACAUAGCGGGAGAUGAGCAAAAAAUGUCCAAGUCCCUGGGCAAUACCAUAUCCAUUGCCGAGAUGCUGCAGACCUACACCGCGGAUGAGUUUCGGAUGGCCUGUCUGUUGUCCAACUACCGCAACGCCAUGCCCUAUAGCGAGCAGUUGAUGCUGACCGCCCGUCAGACGCUGCAGCGGUUCAAGAACUUCCAGGCGGACCUCAGCGCGUACACGCAGUUCCUCAAGCCGGUUCGGAAGCUGGAUGAGGGCGCACUCAGGGCACAAAUUGCCCACAUGGCGACCGAGUUCGACAGCAGCCUGCGCGAUGACUUCGAUACGGCGCGUGGCAUCAGCGUGCUGAUCGAUCAGAUGACUAGCAUAAGUCGCUGCAUAAAUGAGCAGCAAGCGGAUGCAGUGGAGGAGCCGGCCUAUUGCCUGGACCUCCUGACGGCGGCCGGCAACUUUAUAAACCGAGCCAUGCUUACCUUUGGCCUUACCAAACUGGCAGAGACGGAGAGCCUUGCACUGAACACACCCCUCCCGGCUGUGGGGGGUGCUCUGGACCCCGCUCUUUUGAUAGCGGACGUCCUGGCCAUACGCGCCAAACUGCGUCAAGAGGCAAUAUCCGGGCAUCAGAAGAACAUUCAGUUGCUGGUCGCCUGCGAUCAGUUGCGCACUCUGCUGGAACAGCAUGGCAUCCAGAUACGUGACCAUAAGCAGGGCAGCUCUUGGGUCUACGCUACUCCCGCCGCCGUCGCCAGUGAAAGUAGCAGCAAACAGUGAAAUGGCUGUGCCAAAAUGAAAGUUUUGUUGUGUCUACGUCAUGGUUAGUCAUUAUUACAUAAAUUCAGAUCUAA